UAGCCGUGCUAUGGAGUGAGGGCUCCCCGUUGCCCCACAUUCUUUCAGGAGGGUGUGGCCGCAGCCGGGACUCUUGGCUGCUCGGGGACCUGCCUACAGCCAGGGCGUGCCCAUCGGGCAGGGCUGAGCAUAGUGACCAUCCCCGAACAUAACCCAGAGCCUCGCAACCAGACUGGGCUUCACCCCACACGUGUUGUCCUUCUAGCACCUGAGGUUUGCACUCCAACCAGGAGAAAGUCAAAGGCCAGGGGUCAGCUUCUCUUCUUUGGGCUGUUCUUACCGGCCUACCCGUGCUAACCACCUGAGUUUGAGAAGGAAGACAUCUUGGGUGUGCUCAGCUCAGCAGUGAGAGCACCCACCCUCCAUCCCCAGCACUGGGGCCCUGGGAAGGCCAAGGGCAGGCACUUGUGCAGGGACCCUGGGCACUUGCUGCCAGUCUUGGUCUGUGAGCUCAGCCCAUCUGGUGAAGGCAGGCUGUGGCAGGACGGAACGCGGGCCCCAUUGCUCGUUGAAGAGACCAGACCCUCGCCCUGGGUCUGGUGAUUCCCCACUGAGGCCAUCAGAGGAUACCCUCUGGGCCGGGUCGAGCAGUGGAUGUGGGCCCAGUCUUCCCCACAGCUUCCUUCCCGCCGCAAUUCAUUGCCGGCUGUCCUCCUGCCUCGCAGUGUCCAGCUGGGCUGCAGGAGGUCACCACAAGCUGUCAGCUGUAUCGGAAAGCGACCCCACUCACUCGGCGUCUGUUCCGCGGAGUGAGCACUCCUCGUGCCCGCCAGUCACUGGCUGUCCUGCCAGCAAGUGGGGUCCGGGCAGAAGGGGCGGGGCCCACAGCUGGCAUGUACCCCCAAGCCCCUGCGGGGGCGUUGAGCCUCAGAAAGCUGGGAGGCUGGGGUCUCCAGACGGCCCCUUGGGCUAGCCUGUGUUCUCAUGCGUCUCUCUUUCUCCUGCGUCAUCUGAAAUCGUUCUCUCUUAAUAAAUUAUAGUCCUUUAUAUGUUUUAGUUCAUAGGUGUGUUUUGUUUGAUUUUUUUUAAUAAUUACUUUUAAGUUCUUUUUAUUUUAUGCUCUAGGUUUUCAAGUUUUUCUAAUUUUUUAAUUUGUUUUGUUGUUUUUGUUUUGUUUUUUGUUUUUAUGUACUGUAUUUUCAGUGUUUUAACCAAACAGUUGUGGCUCCUCAUGGGAGGCAUGGCCGCUGGGAUGUGGGUUCUUUGCAUUUGGAGGUCACUGCUGCACGUUGGUGUUAGAGGUUGGCAGGUUUCUUUAGUGUCCGCAGGAUGAGAUGUCCGAGUCAGGCCAGUCCUCAGCGGCGGCCACGCCCAGCACCACGGGCACCAAGUCCAACACGCCCACGUCCUCUGUGCCCUCGGCUGCGGUCACACCCCUCAGCGAGGGCCUGCAACCUCUGGGCGACUACAGCGGCAGCUCCAAGAACAACAAGAGAGCGCGGGAGAAGCGCAACAGCCGCAACAUGGAGGUGCAGGUCACACAGGAGAUGCGCAACGUCAGCAUAGGCAUGGGCAGCAGUGACGAGUGGUCUGAUGUUCAGGACAUUAUCGACUCCACCCCAGAGCUGGACAUGGGCCGGGAGCCCCGCCUGGACCGCACGGGCAGCAGCCCAACCCAGGGGAUCGUGAACAAGGCUUUUGGCAUCAACACUGACUCCCUGUACCACGAGCUGUCGACUGCGGGGUCCGAGGUCAUCGGGGAUGUGGACGAAGGGGCCGACCUGCUAGGGGAGUUCUCAGGAAUGGGCAAGGAAGUGGGGAAUCUGCUGCUGGAGAACUCACAGCUUCUAGAAACCAAAAACGCUCUGAACGUGGUGAAGAACGACCUCAUCGCCAAGGUGGACCAGCUCUCGGGGGAGCAGGAGGUGCUGAAGGGGGACUUGGAAGCCGCCAGGCAGGCCAAACUCAGACUGGAGAACCGCAUCAAGGACCUGGAGGAGGAGCUGAGGAGAGUGAAGUCAGAGGCCAUCAUUGCCCACCGUGAACCCAAAGAAGAGGUGGAGGAUGUAAGCAGCUAUCUCUGUACAGAAUUGGACAAAAUCCCCAUGGCGCAGCGCCGCCGCUUCACGCGUGUGGAGAUGGCCCGCGUGCUCAUGGAGCGCAACCAGUACAAGGAGCGGCUGAUGGAGCUGCAGGAGGCCGUGCGGUGGACCGAGAUGAUCAGAGCAUCCCGAGAGCAUCCAUCUGUCCAGGAGAAGAAGAAGUCCACCAUCUGGCAAUUCUUCAGCCGCCUCUUCAGCUCCUCCUCAAGCCCCCCUCCGGCCAAGCGGUCCUACCCCUCAGUGAACAUCCAUUACAAGUCACCCACCACGGCCGGCUUCAGUCAGCGCCGCAGCCACGCCAUGUGCCAGAUCUCCGCCGGCAGCCGGCCCCUGGAGUUCUUCCCAGAUGACGACUGCACAUCCUCUGCAAGGCGGGAGCAGAAGCGUGAGCAGUACCGCCAGGUGCGCGAGCACGUGCGCAAUGACGACGGGCGGCUGCAGGCCUGUGGCUGGAGCCUACCAGCCAAGUACAAGCAGCUGAGUCCCAACGGAGGCCAGGAGGACACCCGCAUGAAGAACGUGCCUGUCCCUGUGUACUGCCGCCCUCUGGUGGAGAAGGACCCGACCAUGAAGCUGUGGUGUGCCGCGGGCGUCAACCUGAGCGGCUGGAAACUGAGUGAGGAUGACCCCGGGAAUGGAGUCAAGCCUGUGCCAGGCCGCGACCCUCUGACCUGCGACCGGGAAGUAGAAGGAGAGACCAAAAGCAACCACGCGUCCCCCGAGAAGAAGAAGGCAAAGGAGCUCCCUGAGGCGGACGCCACCUCCAGCCGCGUGUGGAUCCUCACCAGCACCCUGACCACCAGCAAAGUGGUGAUCAUCGAUGCCAACCAGCCGGGCACCGUCGUGGACCAGUUCACCGUGUGCAAUGCCCACGUCCUGUGCAUCUCCAGCAUCCCUGCGGCCAGCGAUGGUGACUACCCUCCGGGGGAGAUCUUCCUGGACAGCGACGUGAACCCUGAGGACUCUAGUGCAGACGGCGUGCUGGCCGGCAUCACCCUGGUGGGCUGUGCCACCCGCUGCAACGUGCCGCGCAGCAACUGCUCCUCCCGUGGGGACACCCCAGUGCUGGACAAGGGCCAGGGGGAGGUGGCUGCUGUCGCCAAUGGGAAGGUCAACCCAUCUCAGUCCACGGAGGAGGCCACGGAGGCCAUGGAGGUGCCAGACUCUGGGCCCAGUGAGGCAGAGGCAGCUGCGGUGCGGCCUGGGCCCCUCACAGAGCACGUCUUCACCGACCCGGCCCCUGCCCCACCCACCAGCACCCAGCCUGACAGUGAGAACGGGCUGGAGACGGACAUGAGCGGUGUGCAGCCUGAGCCGGAGCCCAGUGGGGACGCCGCGGGGGCCAGCAGCAGUGCUGCACCCACCAUGUGGCUGGGAGCCCAGAACGGCUGGCUCUACGUGCACUCGGCUGUGGCCAACUGGAAGAAGUGUCUGCACUCCAUCAAGCUGAAGGACUCCGUGCUGAGCCUGGUGCACGUAAAAGGGCGAGUGCUGGUGGCUCUGGCCGAUGGGACCCUGGCCAUCUUCCACCGAGGUGAAGACAGCCAGUGGGACCUGAGCAACUAUCACCUGAUGGACCUGGGCCACCCACACCACUCCAUCCGCUGCAUGGCCGUCGUGUAUGACCGCGUCUGGUGCGGCUACAAGAACAAGGUGCAUGUCAUCCAGCCCAAGACGAUGCAGAUUGAGAAGUCGUUCGACGCCCACCCACGGCGGGAGAGCCAGGUACGGCAACUGGCGUGGAUUGGUGAUGGGGUGUGGGUGUCCAUCCGCCUGGACUCCACGCUGCGGCUCUACCACGCCCACACCCACCAGCACCUGCAGGACGUGGAUAUUGAGCCCUACGUCAGCAAGAUGCUGGGGACAGGCAAGCUGGGCUUCUCCUUCGUGCGCAUCACAGCCCUGCUCAUCGCAGGCAACCGCCUCUGGGUGGGCACCGGCAACGGAGUUGUCAUCUCCAUCCCGCUGACUGAGACUGUGGUCCUGCACCGAGGCCAGCUCCUGGGGCUCCGAGCCAACAAGUCGUCCCCCACAUCUGGGGAGGGGGCCCGCCCAGGAGGCAUCAUCCACGUGUACGGAGACGACAGCAGUGACAAAUCAGCCAGCAGCUUCAUCCCUUACUGCUCCAUGGCCCAGGCUCAGCUCUGCUUCCACGGGCACCGUGACGCUGUCAAAUUCUUUGUCUCCGUGCCAGGGAACGUGUUGGCCACUCUGAACGGCAGCGUGCUCGACAGCCCCUCCGAGAGUCCCGGGCCCACUGCCCCCACCGCAGACACCGAGGCCCAGAAGCUGAAGAACGUGCUGGUGCUUAGCGGCGGGGAGGGCUACAUUGACUUCCGCAUCGGCGACGGAGAAGACGAUGAGCCCGAGGAGGGUGCAGGGGACGUGAGCCAAGUGAAGCCCCUGCUGUCCAAGGCCGAGCGCAGCCACAUCAUCGUGUGGCAGGUGUCCUACACCCCCGAGUGAGGCUGCGGCCUGCCGCCACCCCGCCCCGCCUGAUGCCAUCUGCCACAUGUACAUACAGCCCCGCCCACCUGCCCACCACCCACCCAGGGGGCAGCCUGCCCGCAGGCAGCCAGGUGCCCGUCCACCCCACUUCUAGCCUCUCAACCUGCAGCUUUCACCUUCAGUCCGGGCCUCCCCAUGAGCUGGCAGAGAGCAUAGGGUCUGGCUGGGAGCGGGUAGUGGGGUGGCGUCCUGACCAGGGAGGGGCAGAGCCUCUCGGGACACCCUCUCCCCAGCAGCUCCUGGCUGGCACCCAGCCCAAAGCCCUCCAGGCCCGAGGGCACUUCAGGGCCAGAGCGAGGUAGAACCCCAGGGUGGGUCGGGCCAGGAAAGCCCCUACAGGUGGCUCCGAGCUCCACCCUGGGCUCCCCACUCCAGUCACUCAUUCCCAGGAUCUCUCCAGGGAGUCGAGCAGGGACUUCACCCCGCUGAGUCUUCCCACCCUGAGUCCACUUGCCUUUGGCUGCUGCCCAUGGGAGUGGGGAUCCAACCCUCAGGGAGUUGGCCCAGUUGCUAGCCUUCCCUGGGCUCCCCCUCCCCCAUCCCUACCGCCCUGGGAACUGGCAUGAAAGCAUGUAACCAGGCUCCCUGGGGCAGCUGCCUGAGAAGACACACACACACCCUCAUCCCGCUCAAGCCCCAUAAUGGUCCUGUGUGGUGGGCUCUCACUGGCCCUCACUGACCUGUGUCCUCCCCGACCCUGCUAACUCUCCCUGGGUGAACACUCACCUUGUAGGAGCAGGCCCCUUGAGUCCCACCCCUCCCGGAAGCCCCUAGGGUGGAAUUUCUCAGGCUGCCAGGGCAGGCCCAAGCCUCAGGAAGAAGGGGAGGCCCCUGGUCUCUCCCGGGGUCAGUCCUUGGAUGUAGGCUCAGCCUCAGGGUGAUGGGGAAAGGUGUGCUCCAGGGCCUGCCUCCUGUGCAGUCUCCAAGGAGCCCAGCUCCCAAGACACGCUACUAAGUGCCUAGGGAUAAGCGGUGUGGCCUGCUCCCUUGAGGGCAUCUGAUGAUAGGCCACCGAGCAGAGGCCCAAGGGUUAAGGACAGGAGCCGCCUCCAGCCGGUUCUCGGCGAUGGCGCGUGCCUGCUUUGAGGGGCACCGCCCUGGACUGCCAACUCCCCCACCUGCCCAGGCCUUAUUCCUGUUCCUCGAGGCACCGAUCAGGGCAGCCCCAGGCACUGCUGCCCACCCACCUCCCACCAGAGAAGCACAGAUCUUGGGCAGCCAUCCCACGAGCCCAGCUGGCCACUGCUGCAGCCACCAGCAGCUGCAGGCUUCUCCCCACCACCCUGCCACUCUCCACUGUGAUGUACGUCAAGUCCCUUGUCUGUCCUCACAGGGCCUGAAGUGACUCGGGGGUUAGCUGGGUGGGUGCAACUGGGUGACACGAUUCUCCUCAGGCUUUGGCCCUGCAAGUGAACCUACAUAUCUGCUCUGUAAGUAAUAAAUGUCUUAACAUCA